CACUCAUAAUCUCAUAACUCUCCCAUUUCUGAAAAAAUGAAAAUGAAAGAAAUUAAAUCAACCAGGAGUAAUAAAUAACCUUCAUAUCUUCUUUUACUUUUUGUUUUUUUGUUUUUUCUAUAUAAGCUAGGGCCUCCCAUUCUUCAAUUACCAUUAUACUGAAGUCAGUCACACUCAUUCGUUGCUACACAAAACUCCUGGCUCAGCUUGCCAUGGAAGUUAUGAUGCUCAGAUCACUCCUCACUCUCCUCUUCUUCACUAGUCUUUACAUUACUCACAUUUCAGAAGUCUCGGCCACGACUAUAACUCUGUUCAACAAGUGCAGCCACCCAGUGUGGCCAGGCAUACAACCUGGCGCCGGAAAACCCAUCCUCGCCCGCGGCGGCUUCAAGCUUCGCCCCAACAAGGCAUUCUCCCUCCGCCUCCCCGCCGCCUGGUCCGGCCGCAUCUGGGGCCGCCACGGCUGCUCCUUCGACGCGGCCGGCAAAGGCCGCUGCGCCACCGGCGACUGCGGCGGCACCCUGUUCUGCAACGGCGCCGGCGGAGCCCCUCCGGCCACGCUCGCCGAGAUCACUCUCGGAUCCGACCAGGACUUCUACGACGUCAGCCUCGUCGACGGGUACAACCUCGCCAUCUCCAUCACGCCGUUCAAGGGUUCCGGCAAGUGCAGCUACGCCGGGUGUGUGAGUGAUCUGAACAUGAUGUGUCCGGUGGGUCUUCAGGUGAGAUCUCACGAUAAUCGGCGAGUUGUGGCGUGUAAGAGUGCUUGCUUCGCGUUUAACUCGCCGAGGUAUUGUUGUACGGGAAGCUUUGGGAAUCCACAGUCGUGCAAGCCGACGGCGUACUCGAGGAUCUUCAAAGCGGCUUGUCCUAGGGCUUAUUCCUAUGCCUAUGAUGAUCCAACUAGUAUUUCUACUUGCCAUGGCGGAAGCUACUUGGUCACCUUCUGCCCUCACCAUUAAAAACCUCUCUCUCUAGGUUCCUCAACCUCUCUCUCUCUAGAUCUUAUAUAUCUAUCUUUAUUUUACUAUCAUACUAUGCACUAGUGCUUUAUUACAUUACCUACUACAAGUAAUUGAAACUAUAUUUCAGUGGCAUAUUUAGUUUAAAGAGUUUAUGAGUUGUAGCUAAUUUGGCAUUGGAUUCAAUCUUUUUUAUUUGCUUGUGGCACUUCACCCACAAGGGUACGAGAGUUAUAAGAAGAUGAGAAGGGCGAGGGCAUUUUCUGGUA